UGAGCAGAAGUGAUUGAAUUGUUGUUGUGUGCGGUGGUGCGUUCGUUUCCAUACUCAAUUAACUUAAUUAAGUUAAAAGCAGUGUUAGGCGCACUUUAAAACAACGAAACGCUAGGAACGGAACUCAGCCCUUUUACUAAUUCUACGGCAAUAAACGCACCCGCAUUUAAAGUAAAAAAAAAUGGCAACAGCUAACUCGGCCGCGACGACAGCAGCUGCCGGAGCAGCAAAAGAGGCGCCGCCAGCGGCAGCCGCUGCUGCGAAGACAUUAUCCGGCAUUGUGAAGCAAGUACUCUCUGGAGAUACUGUCGUUAUACGCGCCACCAAAGGUGCUCCACCUCCGGAGAAACAGAUCACCUUCUCUCAUGUUCUUGCGCCCAAAUUGGCUCGUCGGCCAGGUGCUGGUGGCGAUGAAACCAAGGAUGAGCCUUGGGCUUGGGAGUCAAGAGAAUUCCUGCGUAAGAAGUUAAUCGGCGCCGAGGUGACCUUUACUUUUGACAAACCCGCUAAUUCGAAUCGGGAAUACGGUUUUGUCUGGUUGGGCAAAGACAAGGAGACUGGCGAAAAUGUUGUGGAGUCGAUUGUACGCGAAGGUCUCGUCUCUGUUCGCCGUGAAGGACGCCCAACCGCUGAACAGCAAACGCUUAUUGAACUCGAAGAUCAGGCUCGGGCCGCUGGUCGUGGCAAGUGGUCACAUAAUGUCAAUGCUGUUGACAAGGUUCGCAACAUCAAAUGGGCGCACGAAAAUCCAGUCCAUAUAGUGGAAAUAUAUGAUGGAAAACCGGUGAAAGCCAUUAUUGAACAUGUGCGCGACGGUUCUACUGUACGUGCCUUUUUGCUUCCCGAAUUUCAUUACAUCACGUUAAUGAUAUCUGGGAUUCGCUGUCCUGGAGUAAAGCUUGAUGCUGAUGGUAAACCUGAUCUUACUGUCAAGGUUCCCUUCGCCGACGAGGCACGCUACUAUGUGGAGACGCGAUUGCUGCAGCGUGACGUGGAAAUUCGUCUUGAAUCGGUGAAUAACUCCAACUUUAUUGGCACCAUUUUGUAUCCCAAAGGAAACAUAGCGGAAUCCCUGCUUCGUGAAGGGUUGGCCAAAUGUGUCGACUGGUCUAUGGCCGUAAUGAAAACAGGUGCCGAUAAAUUGCGCGCGGCUGAAAAAAUUGCCAAGGAAAAACGUCUUCGCCAAUGGCAAGACUAUCAGGCCAAAACGCCCGCUUUUAACUCAAAGGAAAAAGAUUUUGCUGGCACCGUGGUCGAAGUUUUUAACGGCGAUGCUGUCAAUGUGCGUCUUGCCAAUGGUCAAGUAAAAAAGGUCUUCUUUUCAUCUAUAAGACCUCCUCGUGAUCAGCGAGCUGUUGUCGGCGCGGAUGGUGAGGAGAUGGUCAAAGCUCCACCGCGGGGCAAGAACUACCGUCCGCUUUAUGAGAUUCCUCAUAUGUUCGAAGCCCGCGAAUUGUUGCGUAAAAAGCUCAUCAACAAGAAGGUUCAGUGUAAUCUAGACUACAUUUCACCUGCACGUGAGAACUUCCCGGAGAAGUAUUGCUAUACAGUCUUGAUCGGAGGCCAGAAUGUUGCCGAGGCCAUGGUAGCCAAAGGGUUGGCUACUUGUGUGCGUUACCGCCAGGAUGAUGAUCAACGCUCGUCUGCCUACGAUCAGUUGAUUGCCGCCGAGCAGCAGGCCAUUAAGGGCUUGAAAGGUCUGUACACCAAGAAGGAUAAUGCCACGUUGCGUGUCAACGAUCUCACUGUCGAUCAUUCCCGCAUCAAAGUGCAGUAUUUGCCCUCGUGGCAACGUGCGCUUCGCACCGAAGCUAUUGUUGAAUUUGUUGCUAGUGGGUCCCGAUUGCGUCUAUUUGUGCCAAAAGAUAGCUGCCUGGUCACGUUCCUACUUGCUGGAAUAUCCUGCCCUCGCUCUUCGCGCCCAGCCCUAAAUGGUGUUCCAGCUCAAGAGGGUGAGCCUUUUGGAGAUGAUGCUUUAACGUUUACCAGAGAGCGCGUCCUACAACGUGAUGUUUCUGUGCACAUUGAUACCACCGACAAGGCUGGUUCCUCGGUUAUCGGAUGGCUCUGGACCGACGGUAAUGUCAAUCUCUCUGUUGCUCUGGUGGAGGAGGGCUUAGCCGAAGUCCACUUUAGUGCCGAGAAGUCUGAAUAUUAUCGUCUCCUAAAAAGCGCCGAGGAUCGCGCCAAGGCAGCUAAGAAGAACAUCUGGGCAAACUAUGUGGAACAAGUGCCUGAGGAAAAGGUAGUUAUAGAAGAGGAAAAAGAUGAAAAGGUUCCGGUUGAACGCAAGGUCAACUAUGAGAACGUCAUUGUCACUGAGAUUACCGAAACAUUGACCUUCUUUGCUCAGUCCGUGGACAAUGGACCAAAGUUAGAGACUUUGAUGAGCAAGUUGCAUGCAGAUUUCCAGUCAAAUCCCCCGAUUGCCGGUGCGUAUACACCCAAGCGCGGUGAUCUGGUGGCAGCCCAAUUUACUUUCGACAAUCAGUGGUAUCGCGCAAAGGUCGAACGCAUUCAGGGCAACAAUGCCAGCGUACUUUACAUCGACUACGGUAACAAGGAGACCCUGCCUAUCAGCCGUUUGGCAGCUUUGCCACAUGCCUUCAGUAGCGAGAAACCGCAUGCCACGGAAUAUGCCUUGGCUUUGGUCGCCCUGCCUGCCGACAAUGAAGACAAGGAGGAAGCUCUGCGUGCCUUCUCUGACGAUGUUCUAAACCACAAGGUACAACUAAAUGUUGAACUGAAGGUUCCCGGAGGUCCAAAUUUGGCCACUUUGCAUGAUCCAACCACCAAGACCGACUUCGGUAAACAAUUGGUUGCCGAUGGCCUUGUCUUAGCGGAAAAGAGACGCGAGCGCAAAUUAAAGGAUUUAGUGGAUCAAUAUAGGGCCGCACAAGAGGCCGCCUUGGCAUCGCAUUUGGCUAUCUGGAAGUACGGCGAUAUUACACAGGAUGACGCGCCCGAGUUCCGCUAAUUCCGAGUUGGUUCGCAACGUGGAAAUGUUUGUCUGCCACAUACCCGCCCUUUAUAUAUACAACAACAAGCAACAACUUAAUGAUUAUGAAAUUACUAAUUCUAUCUGCAUCUUUAAUCACAUUGGAAAUAAACCGAUGAUACCUACAUAUUUGAGAAACGAAGUAAACAAGGAGCAUAGCAUGGAACACAUUUUGUAUCCUUUAAGCAAACUGGCAAUUCGUCGCAAAUUUCUUCACUUUUUUCUUUGUUUUUAAAAACAUGAUAAUAUAAUCCAUUAAACAAAAUAUACAAUGUAAUCGUAAAAAAUCUCUAGCCUAUAGCCAAACACUGGAUUCAAAUUUCAA